GCGGCUUCCGGCUCAAGAAGGAGCAUUUUUGUCUAUUGGCGGGGCCUUCCCUCGCCAGACAAGCACCAAGACAGUUACCACCUUCCACAGAGUAGCAUCCCUCCACGCUGUCCUGGCCGACACAGCCGUCACCCGCCUGAGGGUUGGCCACACACGCCACAGACUGUCCAGGACCCACAUGGUGCCCCCCACACACCAGAACACUCCCUGCUCCACUGCCCAAGAUUCCACGCACCAACCUCAAGGCAUCCUUAACCAGACUCACCAUCCACAGGCCAACACUAGAGGACCUGCUGGGCAGCGACACCCUCACCCCCAACACUGCCUGCCAAGUGUACCUUCCUGCAGAAGUCACCGCAACUCAGCAGGAUCUAACCCCUAACGCAUCGACAUAAUAACAACAUCAGCUAACAUUUCCCAGUGACACGUUGAGAACAACCAGGCCUUUGAACUGGAGCCACAGGCUUAGGCCUCUUCCAGAACACCAUCUGUGAGUAUCUGUGAGACAGGGCUCAGGAGGCAGUGGCCCCAACCAGCCCCAUAAGAAUAAAACACUCCAGAAGUAAGUGUUUGAUUGCCGUGAUUCUGAAGGGAUUCUGCUCGCAGUGAUAAUGCAGGGGGCCAGAGAGCUCUGGUUCUGAAACACUGCCUAUUCAGAGUAGCUUAAGACUGGCUCACCACCGCUGUGUAAACUGUAAACUAGUCCAAAGUGUAGCAGCAAAAUCACAAGCAUUUGUCAAGACCUAAACAACUGUAACCUAAUGUAUCGGACUGUACAUCAUGAUCUCGUGUGGGGACGCCCGGGACUGUGCCUUUUGGGCGGGAGUACUUAGAGCACCACCCGGGGGAGGUUGGCCUGCCCCCCCACAUGUGCCCCCACACAUGGACCUCCUCAGGCAGCUCAACACAGUGUCCACCAACAGCUCCAAGGAAUGGUGGGACAUCCGGCACAGCAAGGAUGGGCUGGCGGAGGAGGAGCUGUCCGUGAGUGGCUGCAGAGUGGUGUGGUCCCGAGGUCAGGCUGGCCGAGUGGGGUCCCGGUAGGUUGUCAAGUGCAUGACCUGAGACUCGGCUGUGAUACAUGCCAUGCUCGCCUCCUCCUACACCUGCCCAGACCAACCGUCCCUGCUGGGAGAACCUGUCCCUCAAGAACCCACAGGUUCAAUCACACGCUCUGCGAAGCUUACGUGGAGGAAAACUGGUCUCCCGGCCAGGUGGUCAUCAACCUUGUGGCCACGGACCUUGACGCCUGGGACCUGGGCAAGCUGAGAUACACCGUCCUGCACCAGACCUCAGAGGCAGCCGUCACCAUGAACAAGGAAGGCAGUUUAUACACUGAGACACCCCUGGAUCGCGAGUCCCUGCCCGUGCACAGCCUCAAGGUGUCCGUGAUGGACGAAGAGAUCCGGGCCAGCUUCACGGUGGUGCGCGUCAAGAACAAAAACCCACCAGUCUUUACGCUGCCGGAGUACCAGGCGAACAUCAUGGCUCCCAGGACGACCAUUCUUAAGGUGGGGGUGGACAUGGAGCUCACGAGGCCCCCAAAGGACAAGGAUAACCAGCAGGUCACUUAG